CAACCAUAUCAAACAUGUCAACCAUAUCUGUACCCGCCUCUACUGCAACAGAAGACAAAAAUGUGCCCACGUUAAUCGAAGCCAUAAAAGAGUUGAAACCAAACGACCUUAUUGAAUUUUUACGGAGGGAGAAAGACUUACAGCUUGACGAGGAUGACUUUCAAGUUUUUCGCAAUGAAAAAAUUACUGGUGGUGACUUUCUCAUAAUAACUGAAAAUAGACUUCUAAGCUACGGCAUAAAAGGGGGACCUGCUAUGCGAAUCUCGAACUUCGUUAAGAAGCGAAAUCCUGCGUUCUCCGAAGAGAUCAAAAAAGGGAAAAUCCAAUACUUUUUGUUUUUUUCUUACAAGACAUGGUCGUUAGAUCAUUAUGUCACUUGGAUCCUCGAUAAUUACGGUUGUACGGAUGAGCUUGAAGCCCACUAUACAUUUUUUUAUGAUGUUAUAAAUGCCAUCAACCGUGAUUCAAGUGCAUCACGGGAACAUGAUAUCAAUAGAGCAAGCUGUAUCUGGAAAGAUGAAAGCAAUACGCGUAUAAUUUUGGGCGAUGUAACUAAUCUGAUACCUGUGACGGGAGAAAAGCGAAAUAGAAAUUAUUACACCACAGACGCCAUAGGCACCUCGCCAAAAAAGGAGAAAAUAUCAGCUAAUAGUGCGACUACCUUUAAGACUGGUCCCAAUGUUCAGUACCCACCAUCACGUAAGUGA